GUGCUCUGCCACUCACUCGCAAAUCACUCGAGAACAUGGCAGGGACGAAGAUGACUAGCCCUUUGUUGUUGCUGCUGCUCAUUACCCUAAUGAGCAUAGCAUCCAGCGUGCUCGCCGCCCGUGAGUUGGCCGGCGAGGAGGCGGCGAUGCAGGCGAGGCACGAGGAGUGGAUGGCCACGCACGGGCGCAAGUACAAGGACGACGCUGAGAAGGCUCGGCGCUUCCAGGUGUUCAAGGCCAACUCGCAGCUCGUCGACAGGUCCAACGCCGACGGCAACAAGAAGUACCGCCUCGCCAUCAACAAGUUCGCGGACCUGACCAGCGAGGAGUUCGCCGCCACGCACACUGGGUUCACGCCCGCGCCGCCCGGAGCCAAGAUGCUACCGGGAUUUAAGUACGAGAACGUCAGCCUCUCCGCCGAGGACGAGCAGGGCCUUGACUGGAGGACCAGAGGCGCAGUCACCGGUGUAAAGAACCAGCAACCGCAGUGUGGAUGCUGCUGGGCCUUCUCUGCGGCGGCUGCCGUGGAGGGCAUCCACCAGAUCACCACCGGCCAGCUGGUCUCCCUCUCGGAGCAGCAGCUGCUCGACUGCACCACCGACCACAACAACGGCUGCGGCGGGGGCGUCAUGAACUCCGCCUUCCAGUACAUCGCGGAUAACGGAGGCAUCACCACCGAGAACGCCUACCCAUACGUCGCAGUUCAAGGCAUGUGCGACUCUGAUGGCAAGCAGCCGGCCGCCACAAUCAACAGCUUCCAGGCCGUGCCUGCCAACGAUGAGGACGCGCUCGCCGCGGCCGUCGCCAACCAGCCCGUGUCCGUGGGCAUCGACGGACAGGACCAGAGCUUCCAGCUCUACCGUAGCGGCAUCAUGACCGCGGACGCCUGCGGCACGGACAUGAACCACGCGGUCACCCUGGUGGGGUACGGUGUCCAGCAGGACGGGACCAGCUACUGGCUCCUCAAGAACUCAUGGGGAGAAACCUGGGGAGAAGGAGGCUACAUGAAGCUCGAGAGAGGCACCGGCGCCUGCGGCGUUGCCAUGCAGGCAUCUUACCCUGUUGCAUGACCCUACCCUCCCAACGCAAGCACACAAACACAAGAUUUAUUGAUCUUUAAAAAUAUAUACAUACUACUAGUAAAUACAAUUGAAUAAACCCAGCCUAAUCGACAGCAUGGGGGCGCCACUCAUGAGGAUAGCAUGAGAUUGAUUUAGGUAACCACUAUAUAUAUUACAUACUAUGAAUGAAUGAUUAU